AUGCCCGAAGUAUACUGGGGUAGGAAAGGGCCAGAACCUCUAGGAACUGUCUCUAUUGAGGAUAUCGAGGAGAAGGCAAAGGAGAAGUUGAAGGAUUACCCAGGCGCAUUUAUGUAUGGGGGAGGAAACGCAGGAACAGGAUCUACGUACAGGGCCAAUCUGGCGGCCUUCCAGAGGUACAGAAUCAUACCCCGUAUGCUCGUCAAUACAACGGUGCGAAACCUGGAGACGACUAUACUGGGAGUACGACACCCAUCUCCCUUGCUUAUUGCCCCAAUUGGCGUGCAAGGAAUUUUUUCAGCAGAAGGAGAGCUUGCCUCCGCUCGGGCCGCCCAAAACCUUGGCAUUCCUUUCAUUUUAAGCACAGUAUCCUCCAGGAGCAUGGACGAAGUUGCUCGGGAGAACGGCAAUGGACACCGAUGGUACCAGCUUUACUGGCCUAAAUCCCGAGAUGUAACCGUCUCUCUGCUCAAAAGAGCGAGGGAAAACGGAUUUUCUGCGCUUGUGAUCACCCUGGACACGAUGGCUCUCGGAUGGAGACCGCACGAUUUAGACAUCUCGUACAUGCCUCUCAUCCAUGGCGUAGGGAUGGAAUGUGGGCGCUCCGAUCCAGUGUUCAUGGCCAAGUUCGGACUCCAGCCUAUCCUUGACCAUCACCCCGAGUUUCCUUACGAUUCUCGUGCAAAGGACAAGCUCCUCAGUGAAAGAGACCCCCCAGCUUUGGAGGAGAGCAAACUGGGCGCCGCCUGGCUGGCCGAAGUCUGUUCGGGGCAGUUCCAUUCGUGGGACGACCUCAAGCUUAUUAGAGACAACUGGGAUGGGCCUAUCGUUCUGAAGGGUAUACAAAGACGCAGCGACGCGGAGAAAGCCCUUGAAUUUGGAAUCAACGGUAUAGUUGUGUCAAAUCAUGGUGGACGACAGGUGGACGGUGCCAUUCCAUCCCUGUACGCACUAGCAGAGAUCAUGGAUUCAGACAAGAUCAAACUGGCUCAGAAAGCGGGAAAGCUCACGGUUCUCUUUGAUUCUGGCAUACGCACCGGAAGCGAUAUCAUCAAAGCGAUGGCACUUGGGGCACAGGGUGUGCUCCUUGGCCGUCCUUUCCUAUAUGGAGCUAUUCUCGCAGGACAAGCUGGUGUGGAGCAAGUAAUCAGGCACACCAUGGCAGAUUUAGAUACUACCCUUGGCUUGAGCGGAUAUGCCAGUCUUGACGAGAUCAUUGGCAUCGGCACAGAAAUUGUUAAAAAGAUCGAUUUUGAAACGUAA